CUCUCUCUCUCUCUCUUCCUCCUAUGCUUUUGUUUUGGCUUUUGGGCAGAGAGUGAGAGAGACCCUUCUUUUGUUGGGCCCCUCUCUCUGGUCUGCCCUGCAGAUCCCAGCAAUCCCCUCCCCCUCUCCCUCAGCUUCCCCAUUAUAAUAUCUUCUCUAUCCGGCAAAUCCUCCCCUCAACUCUCCGCCUCUCCUCCUCCCCCCUCCAUCCCUGUCGUGGCCUGUCUCUCUGACUUGCUCCCGUUUCUCUCUCAAACUUGCUUUCUCGGUCCCUUUGCAUGGCGACGAAGACCCUCGACGACUCGGUCUUCUGGAACGGCCUCCUCAUGGAGAAACCAAGCGGGAUGGACUCCGGCUUCGGACUCGGCUGCCCGGGGAGCUUCCCCAGUGAGUUGCCGUACGACAUGGACUCGCCUGUGGAGUCCUCCCUGAGCUCCACCACGGACACGACCGAGAGCGGUGACGACGAGCCCGAGGAAGGGGACGAGGAGGAGGACUUCCUCGCUGAGUUAACUCGCCGGUUAACUCGGUCCUUGGCCCCCGAGCCCCAGAAACCCGCCGGCGCUACUCCCUUCUCCGGCACCAAAACCGAGCUAUGGGCCGUCUCCGGGUCGCCCAAGUCCACUCUGAGUGGACUCAGCGGGUGGCUGCCGAGCCACGGCGGCGGGAUUUCAAGAAACGGCAGCCCCAACGGCGGCUCAACCGCGCCUUCACCUCCGACGACGCCCUUCGGGGCCGAGACUGCCCAUCCCAACUGGGAUCUGAUCUACGCUGCGGCUGGGCAUGUCGCAAGACUGAGGCUAACCGGUGAGGGAGCCAAGACACAGCCCCGACAGCAGCAGCCAGUCGGAGGACCGGUCUAUCCGAUUAAAAGCCACAGCCUAGACACUGCAGCUAAUAAGAUCCCUCAUUACGGCUUCUGCUCUGCCCAUAAUCAGACAAAUCAGAAUGUAAGAGAUGAGCAAAUGCUGAAGAGCUGCUCUCCAGUUUGGACAAGAACCGUGAAAAUGAACUCAUUUACUCAGCAGAAUCAGCAGAUCCGGAGCAGAGUCAGAGGCAUUCCGUAUGAGAGCAACAGUGGAAGAUGUGGUGCCGGCCAGCCCCUUGGGCUCCCCCAAUCUGCUUGGCCUUCUCUGCAUGCCCGAAACGCCCAGCAAAACCAAAAUGGGCAGAACUUGAGAUCUUUGUUUCUUAAUGGGUCUGGCAGUAUGAAGGAGCGUGCUGGGACCGGUGUUUUCUUGCCCCGCAGAUACGAGAACCCUGCACCCGAACCGCGCAAGAAAUCAGGUUGUUCAACAGUACUUCUCCCUGCAAAGGUCGUUCAGGCCCUGAAUUUGAACUUGGAUGACAUGAAUGCUCACUCUCAGCACCGUUUUAGCUCUGAUUAUGAUGUUAUAAUGGCGAGACGAAAUGCUCUCUUGGCACAACAGAAAAGGAGUCUUCACCCCGACGGAGGCAUGACCCACGAAGUCCGCCUGCCGCAAGAAUGGACAUAUUGAACUUAAAAACUAAGUCGAAGACGGCUUCCGGAGUCUGUUGUCUUGUGUUUAUUAGAUAAAGGGAGUUUAGGUAAAGUUCAAAGAAGCUUAUUGUAUUUGUUAAAAAGAUUGUCAAGUGGAGAAGUUUUUAAGUUAAAUUAGUAGGGAAGUGGGAAUAAUUAUCAAUUAUCCUAGUUUUUUUUAGGAGAUUGCUGCUUUUGUGGGUUAGGCUUUUUUUAAAUGGAGAAGGGGAGGAUUAAUUAGUGGAGUUUGUUACAAUAAGUGGGGGUUAGCAUCAAGUUUAAGGUUGGUUGGGGUUUGAUAUGUUCUUGUAAAAAAUGGAGGAAGGUUGUUUUGUUGGUAGUGGAGUUAUCAGCAACAGCUCUUUUGUAAUAUCAAGGUAUAUUAAAGUAAUAAGAAUGAUUUAUUAGAUUCUA